GCGGGGCGGCGUGGGUUUUUUGCUCAUCUCUGGGUCCUAACGCCUAGCCCGUCCCACCGUCAAUCCCCACCUAGCCCGGACUCCGCUAUUACUGCCGGCCGGCCGGUCCGGUACUACCGGCCACUGCUCCCCAGCGCGGCUGCCCCGCAGAGGUUUUAAUAUAUCUAUAUGAUGCAAAGAGAAGAGUUAUCUUUGAAGUGUCUCAGUUUCUGUAAAAGAAUAUAAUUGAAGAUUAUGUUUGUUAUCCAGACACUAUAAAUAGAAAAGUUGGAGAUUUGUCAUAAUGAAUUCUACCCCUCCAAUCAGUUACACUAUUCCUGAAAUCAAACGCCUACACAGUAUCCAGAGUGAGUUGAGGCUACUGCAAAAUAGUAGUCAGUCAGAGCUGGAUGUUACUGAAGAUCUGAGAAGAAAACUUCAUCAAGCCAAAAAAGAAAAACUGGAUAUAACCACUAAACAUAACCAAGAUCUGUCCAACUAUGAAAGCCAGAUUGCCAGGUUGCGAUCUGAAGUUGAGAAAGGAGAGGCCAUUCGACAAAGUCUGGAGUAUGAACUUGUCAUUGCCAGAAAAGAUGCUGGUCUUGAAAGAUACUCCGCAGAGGAAAAGUUAUGUGAAGCUAGCAAUCGAUUUCAGCAGCUGCAAGCCAUGAAUGCAGAGCUUCAACAGAAAUUGGCUGAGACCGAGAAAGUGUUUCAUAUUUCUCAGCAGAAUUGGAAGGAACAGCAGCAAAGACUUACAAAUGACUUGGAGGAGAAAGAUAACAUCCUCAAGACCUGUAAUAGUGAAUAUGAGUUACUUCUGAAGGAGAGGACUAAACUGGAAAAUGUUAUACAGGAGACUCUGGAGCAUCACAAGGAGCAGAGGAAUAUGAUGGAAUUGCAAAUCAGAGAGACAGCAUUAAAGGAGUUCAGGUUUCAGAUAGAGCAGUGUGAAGCAGAAAGGAGAGAGUUCCAGUUUAUGUUGCAGGAACGGAACAAUGCACUGCAAAAUAUGCAUAAGAAAAUACAAGAUCUGGAAUUGGAACAUAAUGACUGCACUGACAUUCUCCGGCGACAGGCCAGUGAACUUGAAUACAGUACUGAACGAGAGGAGAGACUUAAAAAAGAUCUUGAGGCAGCUACUGUGAGAGUGAAGAAAUUGGAAGAAAAUAUUGAGGCAGAGAGAGCAGCACAUCUGGAAUCCAAAUUUAAUUCUGAAAUUAUCCAGUUAAGGAUUCGAGACCUUGAAGGAGCUUUGCAGGUAGAAAAAGCCAGCCAAGCAGAAGCUCUUUCUGAUUUGGAAAUGAUCAGGAAAGAGUUCAAAGAGGUGGAAAAUGCAUAUGAGAGAGAAAAACGUAAUGCCCAAGAGAGCUUGGAAAAACUCAAUGUAUUUGAAAAAGAGUAUUUUUCUACAAACAAGCAACUAAAUGAAGAGAUUGAGGAAAAGAAGAAAGUAAUUACAGACCUCUCUGAGAGACUCCAGGAUAAUGAAAAAAGUUGCAAAGAAUUACAGGAGGAACUUGCAAAGGCCAAGAAAUGCCAGGCCUUCCUAACAGAGAUGUGUGAAAACAACGUGAGAGAACUGGAGUUACUCUUGGACAGCUUUACUAUGUCAAGCCAGCUGACAGCAGGCAGUCACAAGGACAAAGAUAAACCUCCAAGCCUCUCUGUUGUCCUUGAGACUUUGAGGAAUACCUUGACAGAUUACCAAAACAAGCUGGAAGAUACAUCUAAUGAGCUAAAGAAAAUGAAAGCUUCACGUGAAAAGAUGACAAAAGAGAUUGACUCAUCCAAACAAAAAAUAUGGUCUCAAAGUCAAGACCUUAAGGAAGCUCAGGAUAACCUGGCUGAUGCCAACGAACAGUUAAAUCAUCUACGCACUAAGUGUGCAGACAGAGAGUCUUUAAUAGGCACUUUAAAAAUGGAACUGCAGAAUGUACUUCACUGCUGGGAGAAAGAGAAAGUCCGUGCCACAGAAUCAGAAAAUGAAAUCCAGAAGCUUACCAGGGCUUACCAGAAGGAUACUGAGGAGAAGCUAACUUUCCUCCAUACUUUAUAUCAGCAUUUGGUAGCAGGCUGUGUGCUUAUAAAACAACCAGAAGGCAUCCUGGAUAAAUUCUCCUGGCCUGAGCUUUGUGCAGUCUUGCAGGAGAAUGUUGAUGCCCUGAUCUUAGACCUCAGCAGGGCUAAUGAGAAGAUAUCUCAUCUAGAAUAUAUUUGCAAGAACAAGUCUGAUACCAUGAGGGAACUUCAACAGACCCAGGAAGACACUUUUAACAAAGUGGCUGAGCAGAUGAAAGCACAGGAAAGCUGUUGGCAGAAACAGAAAAAGGAGUUGGAGCAGCAGUACUCAGGACUCCUUGUGGAAGUUCAUGCAAGGGCACAGAAAUAUCAAGAAAUUGCAGAAAAAGCCAAGGAAAGAUGUUCUGUCAUUGAAAAAGCACGAGAGCAGUUGGUCCAUGAAAAUUCACAAUUGAAAAGUAUAUUAAUACAGACACAAAAGGAACAUACGUCUCUGCUGGCUGCCUGUGCACUCAUGGGUGGUGCCUUAUAUCCUCUGUACAGCCGAUUAUGUGCCUUGUCUACACAAAGAGACUUUCUCCAGGAUCAGGUCCACACCUAUGAAGUACUCAAACAGGAAAUUAGGACUCUGGUCUAUGCUUUGUCUGAUGUAGAGGAAAAGAGGCAGGAUGAAGUGAAGAUAAAGAAAAAGCAUUUCAAAGGCAUGAUACAUGUAUUCCGGAAAGGUGUUAUUGCAGUUCUGGCAGCACACAGACUUCAAAUUUUGGGACAGUCAAGUAGCUCUCUUUUCUCCUGGGUAGAUGGUUUCAAAGAAGGCAUAGGAAUCCUAGUUUGCAUAGGAGAGGCCAAGGGGAAACAUUAUUUAUCAAAACACCAAAAGGAACAAGUCCACUGUCUUCAAGCACUCAACUGGUUUACUAGUUCUGACCUUCUUGCUGCAAUAAUCAGUUCGGUGGCUGAAUUACAGGAAGUUGUUAGCAAAACAGAUCCAAAUUCCUGGCUUUGUGGACACUUACUCAUAAGUGCAGCCAGGAAUUCGUUUUCAAAACUCAUGGACAAACUUAAUGUACUAAUGGAGACUGUAGCAGUGGAUAGCAGCAGGACCAUCACAUAUGUAGAGAAGGACUCCUUGGUUCAAAGACUGGCUCGUGGACUUCAUAAAAUAAAUGCACAGGCGCUAAAAGCUGGACUAGGUGAUAGAAUACCCAUUAGAAAAAGCAUAGCAUCCUUGCAGAAGCAAAUAUUUGAAUUUACACAAAGGCUGCACACAGCAGAAGUGGAACGCCGUUCACUACGCUUAGAACUCACAGAAUUCAAACGGAAUUUGAAUGAGAUGAAAAAAGAGGCUGACAAAGCCCAGAGCCUGCAAGAGCAAUUAAAUGCAUUUAAGCAAUCUAAAUUGAUCACCCAUGAGAGAUUUGAAAGUGCAUGUGAAGAACUGAAUAAUGCAUUACAUCGAGAGCAGCAGGCACAAAUGCUUUUGAAUGAGCAGGCACAACAGCUACAGGAGUUAAAUUAUAAACUGGAAUUGCACUCAAGUGAAGAAGCGGACAAAAACCAAACCCUAAGUGAAGCUGUAAAGAGUCUCUCGGAGGCAAAGAUGGAGCUGAGAAGAAAAGAUCAAUCUCUGCGUCAGCUCAAUAGACAUCUUUCCCAGCUGGAGCAGGACAAGCGUCGACUGGAAGAGAGCAUCCACGAUGCAGAGAGUGCCCUCCGCAUGGCAGCAAAAGAUAAAGAAUUAAUUGCCAGUCAUAUGAAAUCUGUGGAAGCCACCCUACAGAAGGUCAGAGAUCAGAUCUCGCUGUCACGGACUGCGGCAACCAGGAAUGACUUCACCCUGCAGCUACCCAAACUGCACCUGGAGACCUUUGCAAUGGAAGGGCUGAAGGGCGGGCCAGAGGUUGUAGCAUUUCAGGCUCUGAUUAUAAGUUUUAUGGAUGUCUACCAACUCGCAAGCUCCAGAGUUGCUACACUAGAGAGAGAAAUAGCAUCUCAUCAACAUCACAUUGCAGCCCUGAAAUCAGAACUCCAAACAGCUUGUCUUCGUGAAAAUGAAAGCUUACAAUCACUGUCCUGGCAGAUGCACACUAUUGGACAGGGUCACCAUCAGGCUUUCAAACUAUGUCUGGCUUCCAGGCUUCUUCACUUGGGAUCUUGGAAACAAAGUACUCAAAAGAAUCACGAGACAGUUCCAACUUCCCUGUGGCUUCAAGAUCAGCACUUCAGCCCGACCAGAGCUGUAUCCCAGAUUUUUUGCCAUUGCAAGCUGAGGCAGAUACAUCUUACAGUUUUAUACACAAUAGACCCCAUUCUCAGUCUUCAUCAUAUUCCUCUGCCCUCAACAUCUCAGCCAGCACCAAAAGAACAAUACAAAAUGGCUUUUAAGACUUUGUAUUAAUUUUAUGAGGAAAAAACUGUAUAAAUUUUAAAUGAUGCAAUUAAAAUGAUAUUUUAUUGGGCUAUCUUACCUUUGAAUUGUGCUCUAACGUAUUUUUUGGCACUCAUUUUUACAUUUGUUUGAAAACGGUGAGUGUCUGUUCAUACAACCAUGUUUCUAUACUUCUCAGUCCCAGUGUAGUGAAACAGUCCAGUUUUUAGUUUUAUUUAUCACAGUUGCUCAUUUUUAUGUAAUAUAUUUUUAAAUGUUAAAGAGUGACACAUUUUGGGUAAUUUUCUUCAGACUUAAAAAAAUCAAUAAGCCAUUUUUGUCUCUAUCUAUCAAAGUUGUUUCAUACUUGUCUAUUUUAAAUCAGGACUGCAAUACUUUAAUAGGAUUGAGAGAGCUAUUUGAAAUGUAUGCCAAUGAUUCCUGUCAUUUCAUGGCAGCCCUGCCAUGGUUCACUGAGCCCCCUCUUCUCUCUUGUCAGCUCAACUGAAGACAAGCAUUUAGUUGCAAACUUUAAGCAGGUUGUGCAAAACAGAAAUGAUGUGACUGCUUCUCCUCCUGCACAAUAAUGUCACUCCUGGUCAAUGUGAGAAGGUCAGGUUGCUCCUACAUG